UUUCCUUAUGCACUCUGAGGGUCUCUGAAUCACAGAAAAGGCAGAAAAAAAGCAGCCAUAAGUGAAGCCUUGUGACCACCUAAAGCGCAGCCAAAACAGUUUAAGGUGACCAGAGAAACUCUUUUCAACAUGGCAACUGUCAGCAAUGGGGAGAAUUUGAUGGAGAGUCCAGAUGACCCAGACAUAAAGGAGGAACCGAGGGAUCCUGCCAUCGAGACAUCCGACACGCUGCUCCCACAAGAUGUGUUAUGUGACUCCUGCAUGGACGGCCCCAGCAGGGCCCUAAAAUCCUGCCUGACCUGUCUGGUGUCUUACUGUGAGGCCCAUCUCAGGCCCCAUCUGGAGAACGCUAAAUUUCAAAACCACCGUCUGGUGGAUCCCCUCCACGACAUCGACUGUCGGACUUGCGAGGUUCAUCAGCUUCCUCUCGAACGCUUCUGCCUGAUGGAUGGCUGCUGUGUGUGCUUGGAUUGUGAGAAGCAAGAGCACGAAGGGCACACGACUGCAUCUGUGGGGGAGGCACGUGCGCAGAUUGAGAUUGAGCUGCAGAAGAAACAAGAUGAGAUCGGUCGGAGUGCCUCAGCAGCUGAGAAAGCAAUUGGAAAGCUACAGAGCAACAAUGGCUUAAUUAAGUCUUCAGUACAGGAGGUUUGUGUUAUCAUUGAAGAACAAUUCGCCAAACUGCAGACAACCGUCCAGGAGGCCAGAAAGGAGGCGUUGAAGGUGCUGGAGGGAGAACAGAGACAGGCCCUGAAACAGGCGGAGGGCAUCCAGGCACAUCUGGACCAGAGGAGAACAGAGCUGAUGAAAACUUCGGCUCAGGUUAACAAACUGUCCAGGAGCAAGUCUGAUAUCGACUUCCUGCAGGAGUAUUCAGAGUGGAAGAAAGGAGUGGCAGACGUCUGUCCGCCUAGCCCGUACAUCAAUGGCAUGGAUCAUCUAACCUCUUAUAUCCAAGUAGUAACUGAUGCUACACAGGAGCUGUGUGACCUGAUCCUCUCCUCCUACAAGGAAAAAAUGAACUUGAUUUGUAAAAAAGGCAAAUCCCAGAUGCAAGAAUCUCAGCAUUCAUCCCUGCCUGAUCCUGAGACACGAGAGGACUUUGUGAGAUAUACAAGGAGUUUGACCUUUGACCCGGACACCACUCAUCAUUUCCUACGUGUAACUGACGACAACAGAAAGCUGACCAACACCAGCCCCUGGCAACACAGCUACCCAGACCACCCCAGUCGUUUUGAAUAUUGGCGUCAGGCGAUGACCUCAGACAGCCUUUACCAGGGGAGGCACUACAUCGAAGCAGAGCUGAGUGGGGAGGGUGCGCACGUCGGAGUCACGUACAGGAGCAUCGAUCGUAAGGGAGAGCAAAACACCAGCUGCAUCACUGGGAACGACUUUUCCUGGUGCAUGGGAAGGAACAGCCGGGGUUUCUUUGCCUGGCACGCUGAUGUGGAGACGCCCUUGGAUGUCGCUGAUAUCACAAGAAUUGGCUUAUAUGUGGACUUUCACAGAGGCUCUGUGUCUUUCUAUGAUGUAACUGGUCCUAUGAAGCUGCUUCAUAAGUACAAGGCUGAUUUCAUAGAGCCCUUAUAUGUGACAGCCUGGCUGUCAAAGAAAGACAAUGUUGUUUCUCUGGUUAAUGCAAAAUGACACAACAAAUGA